AUGGCGUCUUCGGGCGGCCCACAUGACGCGGACACGGUGCGCUUCCUGCUUGCCUCCGAUACCCAGUACGUUGCAUGCCCUAACACGAGUCUGGGGUACAUGGAGCGCGAUCCCGUGCGGGGCCGCGACUCGCUCGAUACAUUCGAAGAGAUCCUGCAGUUGGCGCGCGCCCACCGUGUCGACUUUGUGCUCCUGGGCGGCGAUGUCUUUCACGAGAACAAGCCGUCGAGGCCAACGCUCUUCAGGACCAUGUCGCUCCUACGCCAGUAUACGAUGGGCGAUGAGCCCAUGGCCCUCGAGCUACUUAGUGAUCCCUUUGACGGCGUGCGAAAGGGCCAGACGUUCCCUACGGUCAACUGCGAGGACACGGACCUGAAUGUGUGCAUGCCUGUGUUUUCUAUCCACGGGAAUCACGACGAUCCGCAGGGCAUGGGCGAGGACGGCACACUAUCCGCGCUGGACGUGCUUGCAGCUGCCGGACUGCUCAACUACUUUGGGCGUCACUCGCUCCCGCCCUCAACGCGCAAGCGGCGCGCGCCCGAUAGCCCGAGCGAGGUCAUUGGCGUCAAGCCUGUCCUCCUGCAAAAGGGGCAGACGCGCAUCGCGCUGUAUGGAAUGGGCUACAUCAAGGACGAGCGCCUCUCGCACGAGCUCCGCGAAAAGCAUAUCUGCAUGUACCGCCCCGCCGAGGCGACCGACUCGUGGUUCAACCUACUUGUCCUGCACCAGAAUCGCUCGGCGCACUCGCCCAAGGCGUAUGUACCAGAAAGUGCCCUGGACGACUCGCUGCACCUGGUCAUAUGGGGCCACGAGCACGAGCAGCGUAUCGUGCCGGAAGCGGUGGCAGAGAAACCGUACAAGAUAUCGCAGCCUGGAAGCACGAUAGCAACGAGUCUAUCGCCGGGAGAAGCAACGGACAAGUGUGUGGCGAUUGUGCAAGUCACGGGCCAGGCGUGCCAUGUCGAGCCGAUCCCGCUGCGUACUGUGCGCCCCUUUUUGUACAAAUCCAUCUCGCUCCCGGUCGAGGCAGCGUCGUCGGCCGUCGACCCGACGGACCGUGUCGCCGUCGCGCAGCUCCUUCGGCACCAUAUUGAGGCCAUGCUCGAGGAUGCGGAGCGCCAAUGGCGCGAUUCCGGGCAUGCAGACACACAAGAGCGCCCGCUCCCGCUUGUGCGCCUGCGCGUCUCGUACGACACGCAGAUUCCCCUGGGCAACCUGGCACGCUUUGGGCAGUCGUUUAUGGGGCGCGUCGCAAACCCCAAAGACCUAUUGCAGCUACAUUUGCUUCGCGACCGGCGGCGCAGUGCGCCCGGUGCACGCGCGACGGUGGUGCCGCUCGACAGCCGCAUGGCGCCAGCGGAAAAGCUUGAGCGUAUGGACCUGGCGUCGCUCGUGAUGGAGAAUGUGCGGCUGCAGCAGUUCGACCUGCUGAAUCCCCAAGGCCUGCAGUCGAGCAUGCUGGGCUUUGUCGAGAAGGACGAGCGUGAAUCGAUUGCGUCCUUCUUGGACAAAACCGUCGCGCGUGUCGAGCAGCAAUUGUCGUCACAGCACAUGCAGGAGUCGCAGCUGCAGACGGCCCUCGAGCGCAUCAGCGCGCAGCAGAGCUCGAUCCCGCCCGCUGCGCCCCCCGCUGACCUGCCGUCGUCGCCCGACUCGAUGGAGCAGGAGCUGUCGGUGAGCCAUGCACCUGCGUCCACGGAGCCGAGUCGCCCUGUGCGUGCUCGGCAGGCGGCGGCGGAUCUGCAAGCCGACCUGUCUUGGCCUGACCCCGUGGUGGAACGGGUCGAGCCGCCGACAGGGGCGGUGCCCCCGCAUAGUACGCCGGACGCGCGUGGCGCAGCAGAGCGUGGUGCGGCGCGGCGCACUCGCCGUCGGCUGCCCGAAGGAUUUUGA